GCUCCAAUGGGCGCCAUCUUGGGAGCCCUCCCCCCUGUGGACCGACCAACGGCAUCACAACAUUGUUCGAUGGGCCAAGCCAUGCGUGCCCGUUCCGGAAUGGUGGGCUUUGCAGUGCCGCGGGCAUAUGCCGCCAACCCCAACAGGAAAAAUCGCGCGACAAAAAAAAAUCCCCCGAGGCCACAACACCCUCCCGCAUCGCACGCCUCCAUUGUCGUACAUGCACCCACCCAGGCAGCGUCAGCCACAGCGAUCCUGACUAGCCGAGACAUGGCCCAUCCAGAAGCCGGGUUGUUCUUGUCCUGGCUCUACAGAUUGACUUCCAAGACAUGGCAAUCCUUCGACGGCAUGCGCCUGGCUGGCCAACACGGAGUCACCUCAAGGAAGCGCGUCCCGAUAUGGGCCGCCAGCUGGCAGAGUCCUCAAAAUCCCCCAUAGUCUCGAGGCCCGAUCCCAUGCAGAGUGGGGACCCCGCCCAACUUCAGAUCACGCUUGCCAGCUCAGGGACAAGAUCGCAAAUGGCAACCGGCGCGUCACUCUCCGCGUUGGCGGCGCCAUCACACACCGAACGGAACCCACAAUCGACAGUCGACAAGUCCACACACCCCUCCCAGGGAGGUUUCUCCGAUAACGUAGCCACCCAACCGAGAAGGUGGUGCCAGCAGGGUCGCGAGAACAUGACGAGAGAGGGAGUUUGGCUUAGUCUUGUUGAUCACGGCCGUCUCUGGGCGGUGGCGGUUAGGGUAUAAGAAGGCCCUCGACUCGAACCCCGUUGACCAGAAUCGACAGUAGCACUCUCACCAGCAGGGCAGUCCAGACCUUCCUCCUCAUCUCCCAGCACCGGCAAAGCACCAGAAGCCCCUACUAGUCGCCCAGACCCCAGCCAGCCCCAUCACCACCGCCACCAUGGUCUCCUUCACCACCCUGCUCGCGGCCUGCACGGCCCUGGCCAGCAGCGCCCUCGCCUUCCCCCUGGACGCCAACAUGACGGGCUUCCCGCUCGAGGAGCUCAUGAGGCGGCAGUCGACCCCGAGCAGCACCGGCAGGCACAACGGCUACUACUACUCGUGGUGGACCGACGGCGCCUCGCCCGUCACCUACACCAACGAGGGCGGCGGCGGCUACAGCGUCAACUGGCGCUCCGGCGGCAAUUUUGUCGGCGGCAAGGGCUGGAACCCCGGCGGCCCUCGUUCCAUCUCAUACUCUGGCUCCUUCAGCCCCGUGAACAACGGCAACUCUUACCUCUGCGUCUACGGCUGGAUGCAGAACCCGCUGGUCGAGUACUACGUGCUCGACAACUUCGGCGAGUACAACCCGGGCAACUCGGCCACGCGCAAGGGCCAGGUCCAGAGCGACGGCGGCACCUACAACCUGUAUCAGAGCACCCGGUACAACGCCCCCUCCAUCGAGGGCACCAAGACCUUCAACCAGUACUGGGCCAUCCGUACCUCGAAGCGUACCGGCGGUACCAUCACCAUGGGUAACUUCCUCAACGCCUGGCGCAGCGCCGGCAUGCCCCUCGGCAACCACAACUACAUGAUCGUCGCGACCGAGGGCUACCGCAGCGCCGGCUCGGCGCGCAUCACUGUCAACUCGCCCGCUUAAGAGCGGUCUGUGAGUUUGUGGAGCGGGGUGAAAAGGCGGAAAGGGGCUGGUUUGAGGGCUAUGUGAAGCAGUCUUCCGCUGGUCGAGGAGGUCGUUUCUCUGCAUGUGUACAGUGUGAACCAUUUCGGCUGGGAGACGCGAGACUGUGGUGGUACGCGGGCUUGGGAAAGCGACAAGGGCUUUAGUUUGUAAGCAGUGCUCUUGUCCUUUGGAAGGAAUUUUGGGUGGGACCAGGACGGGCCGGUGGUGUUUCAAUUCUUGUCAAUACUUUUGAGAGCUCAACGUUGUUUCUUUUGUCAGACAAGCACAGUGUAAAACUUGCGGACUGGACUCUCCGGCGAAGACGUGAAGAUCAUGUGCGAACUCAAGCUACAACCUGCUCAUGGGCCAAUGACCUUAACUAUAAGGCGUCCAUGUGUACUCCAAGUCCGAGUCCAUAAUAGAUGCAUCCCCA